AUUAUGACUGCGGGAUAUUAAGGAGAAUUUCGUUGGUGGUGAUGACGGCGUUAACAUUUUUGGCAGUGGCAACUCACGGUGCAAACGAGACUGAGGUCCUUCUCAAGUUCAAGAGCUUACUGUCAAACACGUCGGCAAUAGACAACUGGUUGGGGCCUUCGCUGCCGUGCAACGGCAACUCUUCCAACUGGAAAGGCGUGCGGUGCAACGACGACGGAACGACCUUCGGAUUGAAGCUGGAGAGGAUGGGACUGACGGGGAUGAUUGACAUAGACUCGUUAUUACAGCUGCCCAACUUGAGAACGCUUAGCUUCAUGUACAACAACUUCGACGGUCCCUUGCCGGACGUCAAGAAACUGACGGCGUUGAAAGUGCUGUACUUGUCCUACAACCGGUUUAACGGCGAGAUACGGGACGAUGCAUUUGAAAGCAUGGAUGCUCUGAAGGUUCUUCACUUGGCGAGAAACGAGUUUUCGGGUCCGAUUCCGAGAUCCAUAGUGGUGUUACCAAGGCUGCAAGAACUCAGCCUUGAAGGUAACCGGUUUGAUGGGCGGAUACCCGAGUUUCCCCAGAAGGGUAUCACCGUGGUUAAUCUGGCUAAUAACCUUUUUGAGGGUCGUAUUCCGUCUUCUCUUAGUAAGAUGAGUUCAACCUUUUUCACAGGAAACAAAGAUCUGUGCGGCGAACCUUUGAGUCCAUGCAAAUCCUCAAAGAACCGGACCAUCACUAUUAUAACCGCCAUAGUAGUGGCUGCUGUAAUUUUAGUAGUGGUUGUGGCUAUAAUUUCGUACGUACGAGGUGGACAGGCCAAGAAAGCUCAAUUCAAGAAAGCUCAAGACACCAAAGUUCUCACCAAGUUCGACUACAAUCUCGGCCAGAACGAAGCACAGUCCCCAGAACAUAACAACAAAGGUGAAAAUGAGAAGCUGCAAUUUGUGCGGAAUGAUCGACAGAGGUUCGAGAUGACAGAUUUGCUGCGAGCCUCCGCCGAGGUUCUUGGAAGUGGGAGCUUCGGUUCGUCUUACAAAGCCGUACUUUUGAGCGGACCUGCCUUGGUCGUCAAGCGAUUUAGACAGAUGGAUCAUGUCAGGAAGCAAGAUUUUCACGACCACAUGGCGAGAAUUGGAUCCUUGUCUCACCGUAAUCUGCUUCCCCUCGUCUCUUUCUACUACAGAAAAGAAGAGAAGCUUUUGAUUUCCGAUUUUGUUCCUAAUGGAAGCUUGGCUAAUCUUCUUCACGCUAGGAGGGCAGCUGGGCAGGCUGGACUUGAUUGGUCAAUGCGGCUGAAGAUAAUAAAAGGAGUUGCGAGGGGUCUGGCAUACCUCUACAAAGAAUUCCCAGGCUUGACUCUCCCUCACGGACACCUGAAAUCCUCCAACGUGCUUCUCGAUCAUAAUUUUGAACCUCUCUUGACAGAUUACGCACUGGUACCAGUAGUGAACGAGGAGCAUGCUCAGCAGUUAAUGGUGGCUUACAAGUCUCCUGAGUUCACCCAACUCGACCGCACAACUAGGAAAACGGACGUGUGGAGUCUAGGCAUACUCAUUCUUGAACUGUUGACGGGUAAAUUCCCAGCCAAUUAUCUGAAACAAGGGAAAGGUAGUAACGCAGAUUUGGCGAGCUGGGUGAACUCAGUUGUGAGAGAGGAGUGGACAGGGGAGGUUUUUGAUAAGGAGAUGAAAGGAACAAAAAGCUGCGAGGGGGAGAUGUUGAAGCUGCUGAAAAUUGCCAUGUGUUGCUGCGAAUGGAAUGUGGAGAAGAGGUGUGAGCUGGUUGAAGCUGUAGAGAAGAUUGAAGAGUUGAAGGAGAGAGACAGUGAUGGAGAUGAUUAUUCAUCUUGUGCUAGCGAGGCUGAACUUUACUCGUCCAAAGCAACCACAGAUGAUGAUUUCUCCUUCUCUGUCACUGCCUGAUCAUCUCCUUCUGGUUAAGUUUCAGCAAGUUUUGGAGAUUAUUAAUGGUGAUGAUCAACUAAGUCUCUGUUUGUUUUUGCCUUUCUACAUGUCUGUUUUCUGUGAAGAAAACCUAAUGGUACGUUCUUAUACGGAUUCCAAUUAUAUAUACUGUUGUAAUUUAUCAACAGUUUGUUUUAUUUUCUCUACUUUUACCAUUAUUUUCUUUAUGUAUUAAAUU